CUCAUUUUAUAUUAAUUGACUGUCUAUCCUCAUAGUUUGUGAAACUUUUUAUUUUUUUUUUUUUUUUUUUGAGGGGUUUUGUGAAACUUUUUAUAUAAAUGAAAAAAAACCGUUUUAAGACAAAAAAAUUACAUACAUAUGAAAAAUAUCUUAUUAUUCCAAAUGGGUAACUUAUAAAAAUGACUCAUUCAAAAUAAGAAGUUACCCUCAUCUUAUAAUUAUUUAUUGUGUACUCGUAUAUAUAGCUUGAUUCAAGAAUUUGUGUCUAAGAUUAUAGAAUAGGAAUGUAUAUUUUAAUAAUAAUUGUAUAGCACCCAUUACUCCAUUAGCUAAACUACUACUCAUACCAAAAGAGGAAAAAAGACCCACCACUCAUCUCUUCCCUCGCAUUCCUUAAUAUCCCCCCAAAGCUUCGAUUCCACAUGACACAUUACACCAAAAUACACUCCACUAUGCACAUGACCUUCUCCUCCUAAAAACUCUCACCAUCUUUCUUUUCUCUCUCCUUCUUCUCCUUCAUCUUCUUCCCCCUCUCUCUUUCAUGAACAACUUAUUAGGACUCAUCUUCAUGGGUAUCCUUACUUUCAUUCCUCCAGACUCCACCUCACAUACCAAAACCACCAAAAAACAACCUCAACAAUCAACUAAACAACGCCCGAAACAACAACCCAAAGAACAACCACCAUCAAAGCAAACACCCAAACAAAAGCCGAAGUCGAAGUCGAAGUCGAAGCAAAAACAACCAUCGUCAUGGGACCAGAUCAAGAACCUUCUUACUUGUAAGCAAGUAGAAGGUUCUAGAGUUCAUGACCCGUCUAAACUCGGGUCCUCUUGUGGGUCUAUGUGCAGUUUUCGUGACGUAGUCCAUGGUAAUAGUAGGGUUGUUCAUCGUUCUGAUAACUCAUCCCCUGAAAGCAGCUCAUUGGGUCAAGAUGCUCGACUUCUGAGCCGGAAUAAGACUGGGUCAGGCACCGCCUCGAGCCGGUCUUUAUCUGGCUCUGUUAGAUCGGGUGCGAGUGGGACUACUACGCAUUCUGUGUCCUCUAGAGGGAUGCCUUUAAGGAAGUUGUCUGGGUGUUACGAGUGCCACAUGAUUGUUGAUCCUAGCAGGUAUCCUAUAAUACCAAGGACAACUGUAUGUGCAUGUCCACACUGUGGAGAAAUUUUUCCAAAGAUUGAAAGUUUGGAGCAUCAUCAAGCAGUUAGGCAUGCAGUGUCGGAGCUGGGACCAGAGGACUCGGGAAGAAACAUAGUGGAGAUAAUAUUCAAGUCAAGCUGGCUAAAAAAGGACAACCCAAUAUGUAAGAUCGAACGGAUAUUAAAAGUACACAACACACAAAGAACCAUCCAACGGUUUGAAGAUUGCAGGGAUAUGGUUAAAUUGAAAGCCAAUAAUAACACAAAGAAGAACCCAAGAUGCGCCGCUGAUGGAAACGAGCUUCUAAGAUUCCACUGUACCACUUUAACUUGCUCACUUGGUGCACGUGGCUCUUCUAACCUUUGUGGUUCUGUCCCUGGUUGCGGCGUUUGUACCAUCAUUAGGCAUGGAUUUCAAGGAAACAAGGGAGUGCGGACAACAGCUAGUAGCGGGAGAGCCCACGACUCCUUAGAUUGUACGGAUGGGCGAAGAGCAAUGCUUGUAUGCCGUGUGAUCGCGGGGAGGGUGAAGCGUAGCGCUAAUGAUGCGCCAGCUGAGGAGGAGAUCUUGUCCCUCGAGGGUCCGUCAGGCGGCAGUGCCGCCUACGACUCGGUUGCCGGGUCCGCCGGCAUCUACUCUAACCUUGAAGACUUGGCCGUGAUCAACCCUAAGGCUAUACUUCCAUGCUUUGUAGUCAUCUAUAAAACCCUCACGUCUCUGACCUAACUUAGUUACUAUUAUAUACAUGGACCGUCCUAUUUUUAUAAAAGGUUGGCUAAUUUGCAAGCUGAGAUUAUCCGACUAUAGCUAGUCGAUCUUAGUUUUAAAACACGCAGGAAUUGACCAUUAAGUAUUUCCGUGAAAAAUAAGGAAAAAAAAAAAAAGUGUUAGUUAAUCGAGUUAGAUUCUCUCUUUUGUUGAUGUAUAUAGAAGUGUAUAAUGUAUUUUACAUUAUUGUUCAUUUGUUUUGUUUAUCUUUCUAUUAUAUAAUAGUGGUUUGGAUGUUGUUCAA